GUUGCAGGAUAACAGUCUGAUAUGGCUUUAGCAUCAAUGUCCUCCGGUGAAAAGGGUUACGAUGACGACAUUUUUGAAAUCGAAGAUUUCACUAUUGUUACAAUCAACGAAGGUUUGUGUGCUGAAUUGGAACAGUUACUACGUAAAUGGGAGCUUAUUGGCGACAACGGGAACAACUAUACCUUUACAAAGGUAGCAUUAGCGGAAUGCCAGUGGGAUUCGAAGUAUGAUAAGGUUACAUACGGAAACAAUCAUUUGUUUGUCACCCAUUACUGGCCAAAAAAUCUCCAAAGAAGCGAACAAACAACGAAAUUAGAUGUGCUUAAUGCGGAUGCUUCGGAUUCUUUUCUAAGCAACGCUGCGCGACUGUUUUGGUCGUCUGAGACGGACUUCUGUCCAGGAUCCAUUAUUUGCAAUCAAUUUGGAGUCCUCGAAUUCAUUUUAUUGACACCGUCUGACUGGCAUUUAGACAAGGUGUCGAAUGAAGACCAGCUACGAGGACUAUUAUCAUCUAUUACAGAAUCUACUGGAAAAGCUGGAUGUGCUUUACCAAUAUUUGUACAGUAUGGUGAAAGAGAACGACAGCUCUAUUUUGGUAUUUGUCAAAAUAACUCCAUGCGCACUAAUUUCGAGUCUGUUCACCAGCGUCGAGGCCACCCGUUACGAUGUCAUUUAUCAGGAUGUUUAGACAUCUUUAGGGAAACUUUGCAGUCUUCCUUAAUGGAUGAGGGCAAUCUACGGAUAUCUAUGCAGUUCGAUUAUAUCCUCCAGGAUAAACCCUGUUAUGCAUUGCCUCAAAAAAAUAUGGUGAUAGAGGAAGAAUUGGUACCAGCAAAAAACGAAGGCAUUAUUGAUAUUUCUCAUCUUCCGUUUGGUGCUGCUACAGACGCAAUUGAGGAAUUUGGUUUAUCUGCAAUCUGGUCGAACAUUGAAAGAGGGGUUGCUGUGGAAGAACAGAACCUGUCCAAUUUAGACCCUCAGAGAGCCUUAGCUUGGAGUGCAUGGGUUUCAAUACAGAAAAAUGCAUCAUAUCUAAUGAGUUCCUGCUUGAGAAAAUUGUUAGAAGCUGCUGAAUCUCAAGAAGGCUCAAGUUUGGUUCGGAAACGGGAGCAUUCAAAGCAGGAUGCAAGUCGGGCACUGUCUUCACUGUUAUCUCCAACCGUGCCAGAAAACAUCUCAAUCAGGAGCACAAACCGCGUAACAAGUAGAAAUGAUUUAGAACCUGAUAUUAUUCGGCAUUGGGUUGAUAAAGUGUUUGAAAAGACGAAGUGCGAACAUGUUUUGCCAGGCUGUAACACUUCAUGCACUGUAGAUGUUGAAUCGGUGUGCUCGGGAGGAGCAUCGAGUCCUGGCCCAGGUAGUGCUGUUAAAAAUGUACAGUGCUCGAAAGCUUAUCAUACCGAAAGCAUAAAGGAGGAUAGUAACACAAUGGACAUUUACCAAAAACUUAGCAAUAUAUUAUCCGCAUGUAAAUCGGCUCCUGAAUCCAGCUUAACUUGUCGCAUCUCUGUUGCGCUUGCCCAAAUGUUGUGUGCUCCGAACCAUUCAUUAGCCGGAUUUUCUCAUUUAUGGUCAGCUAUUACGUACGAACUGCAGGAAUAUUAUGAAAAAAAUUUAUACGUCCCUGGAUUGGAUGAGUCUCUAGCUCCCAAUUUAUCUACCUGUAAACUUCACCAGAAUCUACAGCUUUUACAAUGUGCAAUUGAAGCUAAAAAACGGCGUGAAUCGAAAAACCUUUUUAUGCAGAACUGGCAACUGUAUAAGUCAGAAGGGGAUGAAUUUUUUGACGCACCAGAAUCGUUAGAAGAAAGUGGUGAAGGAAUAUCAAGACAAAAACCAGACUCUUCAGGAGCAGAAGGGCGCUUGAAAACUUUUAGCACUUUGCGACUCUUUCACUUUCCCGAUAGGCUUAUGUAUGAACCUGUUACACAGAGUCGUGUUCCAAUAACCGAAGAUAUGCUUGAGAGGCAUGCUGAAUAUUUAGCUUCGUUAAAGAAUCCUGAAGAACGGGUCAAAGCACAAUUGGAGCCGCUUUUUUCAGACAUGGAAGCUUUUAAAGCUGCCAAUCCAGGUUGCUGUUUUGAAGACUUUGUAAGGUGGCAUUCUCCUCGUGAUUUUAUCGUGGAUGAUGAAAAUACGGGUAAAGGUCACUUAUCAAGUCGCAUGACGGGUGAAGAUAAUACAUGGCAACUAACGUGGAACCAAGCGCAACCGAAACCUGCUUGUCGUCAGAAAAUGCUAUUCGACGACGUGAAAGCGGCUAAUAAGAUUAUUAGUGAUUUCGAAAAUCUCACCGUAUCCAAAUUGAUUGUUUAUAUCUUACCAGUUUUGUUCAAGUGCGCAUCCGCACAGUUAGUGGAUGAAUCAAAACCGUAUUUUGCUCUUACUGGAGACAAAUUAGUCAACCUCUGUAAAAAAGUUUCGAAUUGUACAAGAAGCAAUGAUUUGGAUGAUUACUUAGAUGCUGUCAAGGAUAUAAUUCAAAUUGAGGGAGUGGUUGCUUGCUGCAAUGCACUUUAUACGCAGUUAGUUUCUGCAAUCGAUAAAAGGUUAACUGAAAAUGAGAAGUGCGAAAUACGACAAUUCGUUAUGUUGCUCGUACGAUCAGACGAGCAAAACUGUCAAAGUGCUGCUAAUGGUGGGAAAGCUGGUGCAGGUUAUCGAGUACCGAUUGUACGAGGUUUAUGUGGGCCCGUUGGUUUAGCUCUGAAGAACCUCUUUUUGGUUCUUCUAUAAAAAAUCCCUCAAAUAGGACCGAAAAGAGAACCCUUGAGCAAAUCCUCACUGGCGACGAAGACAUGCCAUAUCGCAGGAGGCAGUACAUAAUGCGGUGCGGUGCUCGUAGACCCACGCUUGGUUCACGUACAUUACCACAAAGAUUGUACGCUGCUAUUUCAAAAGAAGAGUAUAGAAUUUGUUUGACACUGUCAAGUGAUACCGUUUUAUCUUAGUUCUGGAUGCGGUAUCAUUUUCGCUAUUAAUUGAUUUUAGUCGAAGGUGCUACAAUAAAAUAGUGAUGGUAUGCGUUGAACUGGUAUCGAGAAC